UUUAAAUAGUUCGGUAUAAUUCAUAAAUCCUUUAAAUACUCCAAUUUUUUACUCGUUUCCUUCUUAAUCCUUUCUUUUUCUUUCUUUUUUUCCUCACCAAUUUUUCUCUCCUUAAUAUUUUUUUCUUAAUCCAUUUUGGAUUGUUAUAUAUUUAUUUUAUAAAUAAAAAAAAAAAAAAAAUUAUAUAAUAGAUUAGACGUCAUUUCUGGAAAAUGGCUGAAAUAGCAUCAUUUUUUGAAAGAGAAUUGGCUCCGAAACGUUUAUUAUUUUGGAUAUUUUGGCUUGGUAGUCAUGCUGGUUUAUUCGCUUAUGGUUUUAUUAAACAAAGAGAUGACCCUGAACUUAGUAACCUUACGGCUAUAGGAUUAUCUGUAACCAUGUCUCGUGGUGCUGGUUUAUGUUUAGCUUAUGAUGGUGCAUUGAUUCUUUUACCAGUUUGUAGAAAUAUAAUUAGAUAUUUACGUCUUACUUUCUUAAAUAAGUUAAUUCCUUUUGAUGAAAAUAUUUGGUUCCAUCGUCAGGUCGCUUAUUCUAUGUUAAUUUUUACUUUGAUUCAUACUUUUUCUCAUUAUAUUAAUUUUAUAAGAGCUGAAGAAUUAAAAAUUAAAGAAGCUUGGGCUAUUCAUUAUUUGGCUCCUGGUGGUCAAACUGGUCAUAUUAUGUUACUUAUAAUGGCUUUAAUGUAUACUUCUGCUCAUCGUUCUAUAAGACAACAAUCUUUUGAAACUUUUUGGUAUACUCAUCAUUUGGCUUUCAUUUUUAUGAUGUGUCUUUAUACUCAUGCUGUCGGUUGUUUCGUAAGAACAAAUAUUCAACUUGGUCCACAACGUUGUAAAGGUUAUUUCUCUUGGGAAUUUACAAUUUGGGGUGGAAUCAUUUAUUUCUUUGAACGUGUUUUAAGAGAAGUUAGAUCUCGUCAACCAACUCAAAUUACAAAAGUUAUUAAUCAUCCAUCGAAAGCUAUUGAAAUUCAUUUUUCAAAACCAUCAUUUAAAUAUAAGGCUGGUCAAUAUUUAUUUUUAAAUGUACCAAAAGUUUCAAAACUUCAAUGGCAUCCAUUUACCAUCACCUCAGCUCCUGAUGAUCCUUACGUUUCUGUACAUAUUCGUCAAGUUGGUGAUUUUACUAAUGAAUUGGCUGAAGUACUUGGUUGUAAUAUUCCAACUGAAAAAGGUUAUAUACCAAAAGAAUUACCUUUACUUCGUAUUGAUGGUCCUUUUGGUACUCCAGCAGAAGAUGUUUUUAAUAAUGAAAUAGCAAUCUUGGUUGGUUGUGGUAUUGGUGUUACUCCUUUUGCUUCAAUCUUAAAAAACAUUUGGUAUCAACAUAAAAAUUCAAGACCAUCAAAAUUACGUCGCGUAGAAUUCUUUUGGAUUUGCAGAGAUACUGGAUCAUUUGAAUGGUUUCAAUCAUUAUUAAAAACAUUAGAAGCAACACAAUUAGAAGAAGGAUUUUUAAAAUUCCACAUUUAUCUUACAUCAAAAUUACGUGAAUCAACUAUACAAAAUAUUGUUAUAAAUGAUGUAUCAAGUUCAUAUGAUCCUUUGACGGAUUUAGAAUCGCGUACUCAUUAUGGUAGACCAAAUUUCGGUGACGUAUUUUUAAGAUUAAAGAGAGCCAUAGAAAGUGGUAGAUAUUUACCUGGUACUGAUAGAAAUUUAAAGACCAAUGUCGGUGUUUAUUAUUGUGGUCCUUCCACUUUAGCAAAGAGUCUUAAAGUUGAAGUUAAUAAAGCCAAUAGCGAAGGAAUAAAAUUCUCUUUCCAUAAAGAGCAUUUCUAAAAAAAAUGAAUUAGCAUUAAAAGAAUAAUUUAAUUUUUUAGUGGGGGGAGUGGGAUUUUUUUUUAAUUUAAUUUUUUUUUAAUGUUAGUGAUUUUUUUUUUUUCAUAAUGUUUUUUUUUACUACCACCUU